AAAAGCAGUCAGCCGCCCAUCAGAAUUCAACUUCUCUUUCCCAUCCAUCCUUUAAGCGAAAUCCGACGGUUUAAAUUCGUUAGGUUUUGCAAAAGGAAAGGAAGAAUCUAAUCCGUCUAAAUCCAGUCGGCUGCCCGUCGAUAGCCGUCUCCACUCCGGCGGCCACUCCGUCUCCCGCUUCCUCUGUCGCCGGCGCCCAUCACCGUUGUGUCGCCCCGUUCGUUCUUCCAUCAAGACACUGUCGUCAUUCCGGUCAAGCUGCUGCUUCCUCUGUCGGCGGCGUUCACCACUGCCUUCGCCUUCUCCGCUCCAGCAUUCAGCCGUCGCCGUCCCGCUGUGCCGCCGGUCAAUCUCGUCCAAUUCCUGAAAAAAUGGGAAAAUUAGGUAAAAAGGCGAGGAAGUUUGCAAAGAAGAAUCUUCAAUCUGUGUUGAAAAGAAAGCGGCAGUUGAAAUCCAUGUUCAAAAAGAAGGCUUCUAAAAGAGACGAGAAGGAUGAAGCCGAAAACCUGGAAGAAGAUCAAAUAGGGAAGUCGAGUGGAAGAGACUUGGAAUGCGAAAAUAUAGAGGAUAUUGAGCUUGAUGCGGUAUUUAGUGAUGAGAGUGAUGUGGUUGAAGAUGAUUCGGAGAGUGAUGGAUAUUUAUCUGAGGGCUCAAGCUGUCCAUAUCCAGAUGAAAAUGGAACUGAGAGCGAUCUAGAUGAAGAUAUGGAUGUAGACAACGGUGGUGCUAUUGAGUUAUUGGAGCAGAACAGGGCGAUUUGUAUAGAGCUUACAGAGAAGAAGAAAAAAUUAGAGAGGCUACAGAAAAAGGAUCCUGAAUUUUCUAAGUUUCUGGAAAGCUAUGAGAAUGGCCUUGGGAAAUUAAGGGAUGAUGAGAAUUAUUCUGAUGAGGACAAUACUAGUGAAGAUGGCACAGAGAGUCCUGAGAAAGGCACUGUAAAUUUAAGAAAGGGCAAGUUGUUGACUAGCUCUGCCUUCAAUUUGUUGUGCCAAUUAGUCAGAGAACAUCGUAGUAUAUCUGCACUUACUAGUUUAUUGAAUGAGUAUAGAGCUGCAUGCCAUUAUGGGUCUGAACCAUCUGAUCUUCAUGAUGUCGCCUUGUGCUCUGGACUUCAAGACAGCAAAACAUUUUCCAAGAUUUUAAUCUUCAUGCUUCAGGAGGCUGAUAAUAUUUUUCGAGAAAUGCUUGGAAUAUCAAGUUCUAGUUGCAAAAAGGAGGCCAUUUUAGAGUUGAAGAAUAGUUCAAAGUGGAAAACUAUGAAGCCACUGAUCAAGUCUUAUUUGAGAAGUACACUUUUUCUCCUGAAUCAAGUUACUAACUCUGAGAUACUUGCCUUCUCUUUGGUUCGAGUCAGAGCCUCUGUAAUAUUUUUUGCCACUUUUCAUCCAUUGCUGCGCAGACUAAUCAAGAUUGCAGUUCAUUUAUGGGUAACAGGUGAAGGGACACUUGCAUUGCAUUCUUUCCUGGUCAUUAAAGAUGUGGCUUCUGUGUUUAGCUCAGAUUGUUUCAACUCGUGCUUGAUUAAAACAUACAAGGCCUUCAUCACUCACUGCAAAUUUGUUGAUCCAGUUUCAUCCAAACAUAUACAGUUUCUGCACAAUUCCUUUAUUGAGUUAUGCUCUCUAGAUGUUCAAAACUCAUCUAGAAAGGCAAUGGUUUGUGUUGAACAGCUUUCUAAGAUAUUGCAAACAGGUCUAAAAACUAAGAAGAAGGAGGCUGUCAAAAGGAUAUGCAGUCGGCAAUCUACAAACUGCAUCAAUCUUUGGGUUUCAUUUAUAUCAGCAAACGUGAAAGAUUAUGAUCUUCAGCCAUUGUUAUACAUGAUCAUUCAGAUUAUCAAUGGUGUAGCUGUCUUGUUUCCUGGACCAAGAUAUUUACCUCUAAGAAUUAAAUGCAUUCAGUGGUUGAAUAACCUUUCUAGUGCAAGUGGGGUUUUCAUUCCUGUUGCAUCAUUUGCUAUGGAUAUUUUGGAAUAUAAAACUGGGAAGGACAAUGGGAAACCUGGAAAAGAUUUCAACUUCUCUUCCACUAUAAAGUUGCCAAAACAUUGGCUAAAAUCUCGUAAGUUUCAAGACAAGUGUGUUUCAUCUGUCAUUGAAUUACUUGCAACGCACUUUGCUCAAUGGAGCUGCCACAUAACUUUCCCUGAGCUGGCUACUAUACCCCUCAUCUGCCUUAGGAAGUUUCUUGAGACUACAACCAUCGAGCGUUUCCAGCGUAUGGUGAAGCGAUUUGUUGAUCAGGUGGAGCAGAACAUUGAAUUUAUGCAAAGGAAGAGAGAUGAGGUGGCAUUUUCACCAAAAGAUCAUCAAAUUGUUGAUUCAUUUCUGCAGUUUGAAAAGUCCAAUGCUAAUGCUUCAUUCACACAAUAUUACAAGAGUAUAAUCGAGAAGGCUGCUUCCUCAAAACCAGUUAUGAAUCAGAAGAUAAGUUCCUCGUCUCAAAAGAAGCCAAAAAGAAAAGAAAGACAGCUGCCAAACAACACUGUCCGUUUGAAUGCUAUUGAUGAAGUUGUGGAGGAAAAAAAGAAGUCGACUGAUAAUGGAGCAGGCGGAAAAAUGAGAAAGAAAAGAAAAAACUAAGACAUUGCCUCUGUUUACUAAUAAACGAGAGUAAGAAAGUUUAUGAAUCACUAAUUCCCAGACCGGUUAUUUAAUGAUUUGUAUCUGUAAAGCGAAGGAAAGUUUUGUUAGCAAAAGCUAGGUCUGAACAUCAAGACAAACAGGUUUUGUAUGAGAUAUUUGUUAUGAAAGAAUCUAAUCUUGGAUUA